UUCCGGGUCGGUUCUCCUUACACCAAUGCACAACAUGGCGGCUUGCUUCACCCUUCAGUUCGCUGUGCUCCGCAGGGCGCUGCCAGCAGCCUUCAGUGUCCACAGCCGGAUACCGGGACCUCCUGCCGCCGCUGUCCGCCUGCGGUUUCUCUGUCAGGCUGCUCCAGAGGAAAAAAAGGCGGAGAUAUUAGAGUCUACGGAGGAAUACAAGUUCGUAGAGCGGCUCAUCCCACCGUCACGGGUCCCCGCUCCGCCUGAACACGCCGGUGUCACCCCGUCUGGCUGGACCCCUCCGGCAGACUCCCCGCCGCCUCUGCCCUACAUGAUCCGCCGCUCCCGCAUGCACAACAUCCCGGUUUACACCGACCUGACCCACGGCAGCCGCAAGACAACUCUCGUACGAAAGGUGGAGGGGGACAUUUGGGCUCUGGAGAAGGACGUGAAGCAGUACCUGGAGAAGUUGACGGGAAAAGAGCUCCCUACACAGGUCAACGAGGUCACCAUGACCCUGAGGGUCAAAGGUCACUUCGACAUUGAGCUGAAGGAAUGGUUGGCCAGCAAAGGCUUCUGACUGAGGAGACCAGGACUAUCACAGCAUCGUGGACAGGGUGGCAGGGAGCUGUGUGUCCGCACCUUGAAACAUUGUCCUACAGUACUUUCAAACUCAUUUCCACCCAUAUGGAAGGACAGCGUGCCACUACUGCUACCUUUUUGAACUUUUUCUUUUGAUACCAGAGAUGCUGAAGUUGUGGAUUCAUAGGGUGUUAAUCAGUGUACAUACUUGUGUUUAAAGAAUGUGACAUUAAAUAUGAAAGCAUAGCUGAC